CAAAGUAUAAAUCAGUGAGGAACUGGGUGUGUUCUUCUGCGUUCAGAUUUUUCGUGUGCUAAUUUUCUGUUUCGAUUUAUACCAUCUUCUGUUUCCUGUGCAUCACUUCUUUGGAGUUAUGUCUGUACCAGCCAUGGAUUCUUUUAAGACUGUCCUGCGGUUCCUCACCAACCAGAAGAGUACUAUUGGCUAUAGCUUCAUGGCCCUUCUGACCAUAGGCAGUGAAAGAAUUUUCUCCAUGGUGUCUUUCCAGUGUCCAUGCAACCAUGAUCAGAAUUUUGCCUAUGUAACUUUUCUGCUCAGCCCGGCCAUCGUCCUGCUAGCCCUGGGACUCUUUAUUAGUACACGUCUUUGGCGGUUGUGUACUGGCUGCUGUCUCAACCCAUUCAAACUAUGCCCCAGGGGUAAUUGUCUAGGUUGCGUGACAGCGCUUACAAAAAUACUAAGUACUGCUUGUAUUGCCCCUAUAAUGUGGCUUUGUGUAGCACUGCUCAAUGGAACUUUUUAUGAGUGUGCUGUCAGUGGCUUGGACGAAAAUGUGGUGGUGGACCUUUUCUGCAAAAACAAGACAUCUGCAUGCCGAGAAGAGCUAGCGCGAGUGCCUUGCGGGAAGACUCGGCUCUCUCAGGAUGAGAACAAAGAACUGCUGCUAAUGCUACGAGCUCAGUCACAGAUCCUCGGCUGGUCCAUAAUCAUCAUCGCGGCAGUAGCGACACUGAUCGGGACAUGCUACAAGAACUGUCGCUCUCAGGUGAGCUAUCUGCAGUUAACUUUCUGGAAGAUCUACAUGGUGAAAGAGCAGGAAAAACUUGAGACUUUCGCAGAAGAGUACGCCACCAAACUGGCAGAAAGGAACCUCAAGAGCUUCUUUGACAACAAGCAUCCUGAAGAGUUUCCCUUUCCGAACCACAAGGCCUGGGAGGAGAUCUCUGCUACGUACACUUUUACCCAAAGUGAACAGUACUACAGCACCCUACAGAGAUACGUGGAGCGUGCAGACCGGGACUUCACCCCUGAGGAGCGUCCUGUUCUAGAUAGCGUAGAUGGUAUAGAGAUGAAAUAGAUGCACAAAGCUCUUGGUUAAAAAAAUAUGACCAAUGCUAUAACCAUGAAGUCAUGUAUACUGUAUUUCAAUAUAGUGUUAGAGUUUGUUUUGUUGGUUACUUCCUGUGUUUAACAAUCCAACUUAAAGGUUUUCUGUUGUUUUGUAAAUUAAGGAACUGAAUAUUUUAAAUGAGGAAACGUAUCAGUAAUAUAUACUAUUUUUUAGACCUCAGGUCAUAAAGAGAUACUGACCGUAAUCUGCGCCCAAUUUUUUUCUUUGUUUCCGCAAUAGAAUUUACUUUCAUGUCUUUAUUUCAGUGGCACUUGAGUAUGUUGGUUUAUAGUUUGGUUUUGUAUAGAAAAAAGAAGUGAAACCAGUUCUCAAGGCAACGUUUGCUACCUGUGGCUUUUCACAUUGCCAAACAUUUGCCUCAAUCUUUUUGUAAAUUAGGGAGUGCGACAUGAUGUAAAAAGCUGUUACUCAGUAGAAUUUUAAAAUCAAUUCCAUAUAUUGUUUACGAUAAGGUGACAUUGCUCUUAUGGCCUUUAACACAAUGUAGAACAUGUAAACCGCUUUGCUUGCUUACUUCGCUGCUUUUAAGUUGGUGACAAACAGGAAACCCACAUUCUGAAUACACAUCAUCAAACAUUAGUAAAGAGACUUUGUUUUUUGGGGGGGGGUGUAUUUUCCUUUAUUGGACAGACAGUAAUUGUAGAGAGGACAGGAGGGGAAGUGGAUGAGAGAGAGUGGGUGGGGUCGGAGGACCACGAGCCGGGAUUCCAAGUCGGGUCGCCCAGGACACACCGGCACCAUUUGUCAGAGCACAAACCACUCGACCAUCGAACAAAGAUUUUUUUAAAGCCUAUAUGUAAGAAGCAAACACUGUCUGUAAAUGUAAAUGUCACAUACAAUUUUUUCAUUCAUGUACUGUUUUGUAUUUUGUACCAAUAUCAUAUUUAUUUAUCUCUUUUAUCUCUUUAGUAUAUUUUGUAUUAUACUUACCAUUUGUAUAUUUGCUAUUACUGUAAUGUAUGCUUUUUUCUAUAUCAAUAAAUUAUGGAUCACAUUCCUUAGCUAAACACAUAACAUCAGGAUGACACUGUACCUU